AUGACAACGCCGCCCACCUUCGCCGACUGGAAGCUCGCGCACGGCCGCUCCUACGCGACCGUUGCGGAGGAGGCCUCACGGCUGGGGAUUUGGGAGCGCGCGAAGCUCGCCGUCGAAACAUCCAGCCAAGCGAAUCCACACGCACGCUUUGAGCUGGACUGGACCGCCGACUGGACGGCUAGCGAGCUCUCCGGCCUGCGCGGCGGGCCGAUCGACACGGCGGGCACCGAGCGGCGGCUGCCGUUCGACGAGGCUUCCAUUCGAGAGGCGGGGCCGAUUGAUUGGGUGAGCCGCGGCGCCGUGAACCCGCCCAUCUCGCAGGGCCGGUGUGGCACGUGCGCCCAGUUCUCAGCGACGGCCGACAUCGAGGCGCAGUGGUUCCUGCGCGGCCACGGGCUAGUGAAGCUCUCCGAGCAAGAGAUGAUCGAUUGCGCGUCGUACACCGGCCCGUAUGGCAUGGGCUGGGUCUCGAGCGUGCACAAGGGCCUUGCGCCGAAAAAACCGGAGAGCAAUCAUGCUGCUUUGUUCCACUCCCGACUAUCUGCUGCACGCCCUGCUAUAGGCCUCGCGCCGAGCGCCGUCUACCCGCUGGCCAACCACUCCGACCCGACCAUCCGAGGCUGCCGCUCGCCCUGCAACGCGACGGCCGCCGACCCGGCACUGAGCGCGGCCCACAUCAGCGGCGCCAGCUGCCUCGUGCACGCCGACGAGGCGCAGAUGCUCGCGUGGCUGCAGCACGGCCCGCUCUCGGUCUCCAUCGACGCCUCCUUGCAGGGGUACCGAGGCGGCGUCAUCUCCGGCGCGGGCUGCAACCACACCCGCGUGGACCACGCCGUCCUGCUGGUCGGCUUCGGCGUCGACACUUCCGUCGAGCCGUGGCUGCCCUUCUGGAAGCUCAAGAACAGCUGGGGGCCGGGCUUUGGCGAGGGAGGGUACGUGCGGGUGCAGGCGGGCGCAAAUUCCAGCUGGGGGAACUGCCUCGGGCUGCGCGGCGCGUGCCAGGCCUACAUCGGCGAGCCGCCCAAAGGCCUCGGCAAGGGGAGGGCGGGCCGGCUUCGAGGAGCGGCGGUGUGAAUUUUAGUCGUGGACCCCCGCUCUCUCUCAGGACUCAGGUCUCAGCCUGGAGCCUCUCUCGCACUCCAAGUCGCAAGUGCUCGCUCGCCGACGGGCAUGCCCAUGCGAUCUCGCUCGCCCGCGCAUCGGCGCACCUUAUUCGUCCUAAACUUUUUGACACCAUG